CUAUGAUGACGUGCACGUAGCACAACUGUGCACAUACGCGAAGCCAAUGCGGCGAAGCUUUAUUCGGUAUUAUAUCGCGCACGGUCAACACCUCCUAUAUACAAGUAUAGGAGGUGUUGGCACGGUAUGAGCAACAACGUGCGACCGCUUUGCUCUCGCGUUGUAGCUCAUACUAAGCGCGAUGUACAAGUACAUACCUAAAUAAUCUCGCAAUCGUCAACCAUCGUCUAAAUUAAAAUGUCUUCUUUUUUUAUUGUUAUUCAGAUCGCGAAUGAUCCCCCCACGAGCCAAGCAGCAAACACGUCAGCGUUUGUUGCAGCUGCCCACGCUUAAAAUGGUGCACAGUAAACAGCUGUCACCCGAAGAGAUCGCAGACAUCAAGGGCGCCUUUCUGCUGUUCGAUCGAAACGGUGACGGCGUCAUUUCGUGCGCAGAGCUCGAGAUGGUGUUGCGGGCUCUUGGAGAAAGGCCCAGCGCCGACGAGAUGGCACGCAUCGUGCGCCAGGUGGACCGCAAUUUCAACGGGAGCAUCGACUUCCAAGAGUUCUUGGCCUUCAUGGUGCGCAAGAUGUCGGUGCGCGUCAGUACACGCGCGGAUGUCCUCAAGGCGUUUCAAGUAUUCGACAGGGACUCUAAUGGAUACAUCACAAAGGCCGAGCUGACACAAAUCUUCACCAAAAUUGGGCAAAGCAUGACACUUGAAGAAGCUGAAAAAAUCAUAGCAGAAGUAGAUGCUGACAAGGAUGGCCGCAUCAACUAUGCCGAGUUUUUAAACAAGAUAAUGCCAGAGGAAAAGGAGGAAAGCAGUUCCAGUAACAAACAACAAGGCAGAUGAAAACAAUUUUACUGCCCUUCCCCCCACAGCUGCAGUGGAGUGAGCUGGUCACCGCUUGGGCCAUUUGGCAACAGCCUGCAUGCAGAAGAGACAAAUCAGCAUCUGCUGCUAGCACUGCGUGGUCUCAAGCUGCUCCGAUGGAAUCGUACACACCUUCAUGUCAUCAGACCCCUCGGGCUUGUAACUCCAAGGCUGUUUUUUAUGCUCUUUAGCUGUUGAAAAAAUAAAUAUGUUACACAUGGG